AUCAGAUGAUAUGAUAAUUUAAUUAAUUUGAAUAAAUGUAGAAAAAACUUUUGAAGGUAUCAGGUGGUGGGGGUAGCGGGGUAUAUGAGGGCCAGGUACUCUUCAGCCCUCAGUAUUGAAUAGCUUUCGAUCACGAUGGUUCCUCCGAGUUCGGAUCCUUUAAGCUCUUGCCUUCCUUCCUCCCAGGCAGCCAGGUACGGGAGUCAGGUCUCGGCGGAGUGCUCUGUGUGCCGUGUCCUCUUCGCCCUCGAGGCUGCUGCCUUCAAGCCCGACGUGGCCCCCGUCUGCGUCCACUGUAUGCUGCAGCGGGAACCGGCGAGGAGUACCGGCAGAGAGGGCUCGGAAGAGGUCGAGAACAUGUCCACCGACAGCGGCAAGCGCAAGAAGUCCUCCAAGAAAGUAACGUUCGCUAUCGGCGGCAGCAUCCAGUACCCGGGCCUCUCAGUGGAGUCCAAGGUCUCCCGCUGCCAGGCCUGUUCAGGAAACGUUACCAUUGUCAGAACUGCCUCAUCUCCGUCGUCGAAGAAGACGAUGUCCGCGGGAGCGAAGAGAUUGGUCAGAUCCAGGACGAGGCCAAAACCUCUGCUCUGCAUCAGCUGCUGCGGGAAAUCUGCUGGCGAAGACAGCCUGCUCAGCAAGAUCUUGUCCCAGGACCUGUUGUCCCCUCUCUUGGCAAAAUAAAUUGUUUCUUUUGUUAACACGUACAGUGAUAUAGCUGUGAUAAUUAACUGUAAUUGUGUGAUAAAGAUUUUUACAUUUGUAUAGUAUUUUUUAAAACUUUUU